UUGCGCUUGGCACUGCACAAAAUCGAUAGGUUGAAGAGUGUGGAGCAAUGCGUCCGCCGCUGGAGAAAUCUGGAAAUCGAGUAGGGCCACUAUUUCCAUAAAUGCAGCAAGGUGGCGUCCUGUUUCUACACUUGCAUGGGUCUGAUGCGGACAGUGGGAGGGGUCAAUGCCGGAAGCGAUGGGCCCUUGCCAGAGGAGGCGAUAUCCACGCUGAACCAUUGCCCUACGUACAGACAAAUCCCGGGUGUCGGAACGGGUGCAGGAUCGGCGCCGGCCAAGCGAGUGCCCGUCCUAUUCUCCACCAAUCGUGGACUCUAUUUGCGCUUGGCCCAGACACCUGCGGAUCAGAUGGAGGUGCUGACACUUCAGCCACGCGGACAGAACUACAACAUCAGCUUCUGCGAUCUGGAACGCUGGAGUACCAAUCGGGCCAAUGUGGUCAGCCUGGAGGACACCUUCACCAUUCUACAGCAGCGUAACAUGUCGCCGGAAUCUCACAACUAUCAGCCACGUCUGUGGAAAAACAAUGUCAGCUACAGCCUGAUGCACUGAACUGAAAGCACCUCAAAUCAUGAAUCGUAAACAAUAACAAUAGUUUGUAUGUAGAACUAAUUAAAAUCCUUUUUA